AUGAUAAUUGUUAUGUAUUUGAAUACUGCAGUCAUUAUAGUAACUUUGACUUUUAUUAUUGGAAGUACAUUUAUCAUUGCUUCUGAUUCCUCUGUUCAAUCAGAUGUCCAACCAAUAUCUGUAAAUUCAGAUGAAAAUGAUAUGAAUAUAGAGGAAUACAAAAACAUCUUAGAAAAAUUAGAUAAAAGAGGUGGAGGAAGAGGAUUUUACAGACCACGACAAAUAGAGGAACGUUCUGGUGGAAGAAGAUUUUAUAAUUUACAACAUUUUCAAAAACGUUCUGAUAUUGAUAGAGAUGAAAAUGAUUUAGGUUACUAUGAUUCUCAAGAAAAAAGAGGAGGUGGACGUAGUUUUUUACCAGCUUACGGAACAUUGAUGUAUCCAAAUGAAAAAAGAAUUUAUGAACCUUAUCCAUAUGUCUUUUAUGAUCAUAUGAAACGUGGUGGAGCUCGCCUUUUCCGAAAAUAUGAUAGUGAUAACAACAAAUAUGCUUACUAUUAUGGAUUAUAA